CAACCCGGAAGCGAGUAGAAUAGGUGUGUGCUGGUCAUGGUGGUAAUGUAAGUCUGACAGCUAGCCUUAGCUGCUUUGCUGGGAUUUUUUUUAUAUAUAAUUACCGAAAGAGGACAUGUCCCGAAAAGCCAAAGAAGAAUAUUACCGCUUCUUUAGCGUGACUGAAACACGCACACACGAGAAAGGACACACGGAGUACAAAGUGACAGCAAGGUUUGUCUCCAAGCUUCGUCCGGAGGACGUGAAGGAGGUGGUUGUGUGGAAGAGAUACUCGGAGCUGAAGAAACUCCACGGCGAGCUCGCCUACACGCACAGGAACCUGUUCAGAAGACAGGAGGAGUUUCCGCCGUUUCCACGAGCGCAAGUUUUUGGACGAUUCGAUGAGGCUGUGAUCGAGGAGAGGAGGAGCGCUGCAGAAGCCAUGCUGGUGUUCACUACAAGCAUACCAGCGCUUUAUAACAGCCCCCAGCUGAAGGACUUCUUCAGGGGUGGUGAGGCCACGAGGCCUCUGGAUCCUUCUCUAGCAUCCUCUACCGGGCCCCUGCCUCCCCCUCUAAUUCCCCUCCCCAAGCGGGGGGCCUUAGACUGUGAGCCAGCAGAGGAGGAGGCGGGGAGGGAGGCGCCCACCUUGCCUCAAGACCUCGGCACCAACUUGAGCAUUGACGUUGGAGAGCCGGAGGUGGCGGCCGAGGCCUACAGCGAGGCGGGAAAUGAUGGAGACGUGUGCACAGACGCCGAGCUGGAUGACAGAGAUGUGUCUCCGGCAAAGACGCACAUAUCACAAGAGUCUCAGGAGGAGAUCGAUUCGCUGUUUGACUCGGUGGCAGAUGAAUGUGCCUCUCCCCCGAAGGAAGAAGUUAUGCCUCCGUUGUCUGACAGCGACCUGGCUGUCUUUGACCCCUGCUAUAAACCAGACGGUUCUGAAUCCUCCGAUAACCAUUUGGAGUUGUUGUCGUUGCCUGCGAGCAGUCUGGAAAAGGAGACCGUUUAUUUGAACCUGGCUUCCGCCAAGCUGACGUCCGCCAUGGCGAGCGAGGAGGAGGGAGACGUGAGCGCUGCCAUUUGCGGCUACAGAACAGCAGUGGACAUACUGAUCACUGGAGUGCAGGGUGAUCCAGAUCCAGCUCGGAAGGAGUCCGUCAAGAGAAGGAUAGCACAGUAUCUGGAACAUGCUGAGAUGCUGGUGGACAGACAGGCCGCGUCCUGCAGAGUAAAAUAGGACUCUCAGCAUUGAUCUUUCAAACACAUCAUCACACGUCUGUCUGGACCAAAACAUUCACUCCACACUGUAAACACUCCUGAGGUACAGCACACACACUAGAGUCAACUAGUUUCAUUUAAAAGGAUGAAUAUAUUUUAUGUUGAAAUUACUUCGUUUUAACUUCCUUGCAUUUUGCACUGUUUUCUUAAUAAAUACAAUAUUGAUUGAAGUC